GGGCUGUGGGGCUUGACUUUGACUUCCUUGUUUGAUAUGGCUUGCAAUGUGGCUCGCGGUCUUGAGCGCAGCGUCCUUGCCCAGGUUAUUAUGAAUGCUUAAGAGCUGUGAAAAAUAAUAGGAAGCUAUUUUUUAUAGUAAGGUUAACUUUAAAUUAACUAAUGCACCUAAUUCUUUCUAAGAGAUACAAAUCCGAGCCGAAUCUAAAUUACCCAAUCCGAUCCAAUCCAUUUUGACGUCUGCUCGUGCGCGCAGUGAGAGUUCCACAUGGAGCACGAUAGCAGGGACGUUUCGUAGGGAGGGCUGGUAGUCCGGCGUUACCCGUGUGACAUCGGUCAAUGUUAGCUGUUCAGCAAGUGUACUCGUCCACACUGUGCCCGGAUCGCCGAAGAUCAGGUUUUUAUAGAGCUAUCAGCGCUGUGAAAGUGGUAUUUUAAUCUGACAGUUGCGGCGCGUUCCGCUCAGGGCCGACAUUAGGCCUAUUCUUUCAUUGUGAAUCAGCCACGUUGGACUAUUUAUUUUUUUUUAUAAUUUAAAGCCAGUAUGGCUUCCACUGGGUAUAACCUGGAGGAAUCGAACGCGGAUAGGAAUGUGGAAAUUUGGAAGAUCAAGAAGCUCAUCAAGAGCUUGGAGGCUGCUCGCGGAAAUGGCACGAGCAUGAUCUCACUGAUCAUCCCUCCGAAGGACCAAAUAUCUCGGGUAUCGAAAAUGCUGGCCGACGAGUUCGGAACGGCGUCCAACAUCAAAAGCCGGGUGAACCGGCUGUCAGUGCUGGGGGCCAUCACGUCGGUACAGCACCGGCUAAAGUUGUACACGAAAGUGCCGCCGAACGGCCUGGUGAUCUACUGCGGCACGAUCGUGACGGAGGAGGGCAAGGAGAAGAAGGUGAAUAUCGACUUCGAGCCGUUCAAGCCCAUCAACACGUCGCUGUACCUCUGCGACAACAAGUUCCACACGGAGGCCCUUUCGGCGCUGCUGGCGGAUGACAACAAGUUCGGCUUCAUAGUGAUGGACGGCAACGGGGCGCUGUUCGGCACGCUGCAGGGCAACACACGCGAGGUGCUCCACAAGUUCACGGUGGACCUGCCCAAGAAGCACGGGCGCGGCGGGCAGUCGGCACUGCGUUUCGCCCGCCUGCGCAUGGAGAAGCGGCACAACUACGUGCGCAAGGUGGCCGAAGUGGCCACAACGCUGUACAUCAGCAACGACCGGCCCAACAUUGCGGGCCUCAUUCUGGCGGGUUCGGCCGACUUCAAGACUGAGCUGAGCCAGUCGGACAUGUUUGACCCCCGGUUGCAGGUGAAGGUGCUCAAACUGGUGGAUGUGUCGUACGGCGGCGAGAACGGCUUCAACCAGGCCAUUGAGCUGUCGGCGGAAGUGCUUUCCAACGUCAAGUUCAUCCAGGAGAAGAAGCUGAUUGGCCGCUACUUCGACGAAAUCUCGCAGGACACGGGCAAGUACUGCUUUGGCGUGGAGGACACCCUCAAGGCCCUAGAAAUGGGUUCGGUCGAGAUCCUCAUUGCCUGGGAGAACCUGGACAUUGUGCGCUACCUGCUCAAGAACCACACGAGCGAUGAGGAGCGUAUCCUGCACCUGACGCCCGAACAGGAGAAGGACAAGAGCCACUUUGUUGACCGGGACACGGGUGUCGAGCUGGAGCUCGUGGAGUCCAUGGCCCUGCUUGAGUGGCUCGCCAACAACUACAAGAACUUUGGUGCCACGCUAGAGAUCAUCACGGAUAAGUCGCAGGAAGGUUCCCAGUUCGUCAAGGGCUUCGGCGGCAUUGGGGGUAUCCUGCGCUACCGCGUGGACUUCCAGAGCCUCGAGGUGAAUGACCUAGUGGAUGACUUUGACCUGGACGACCUCUAGGUUGCAGGACCCUUCCUUAUGCCGUUUACUCUGUCGGGUGCUCUCUUCCCGUCAGGGAUCGGAGCACCACUAUGCACAAUGAGCGUCCUUCUGUUGGUUUUUGUAACGCACAAAUGAUGACCAGUUGGAGGAUCGCAGCACAGUGGCCAGUGUUGCUGCAGCCUUGUAGAUGGGAGCUCUGCUACGGUUGAGAGAAAUGCAUUAAAGGAGUUGGAAGCCCUCUGGACGUGUCUCGGCGGUUGUGGCAGCUGCCCGGCUCGGGGCGACGAGACUGCUGGGUCCCUUCCCUUUGCUUGCUGUGCCACACCUUUGGGGGUCAUUGUAGGUGUGGUGCCAAGCGUGGACGGCGAGAUUUCCUUUUUUUUAUUUUGCUCCGACAGCUGCCUCUAUUGCUUGUGGCCUUGAUGUCAUGUUGGGGGCAUCUGGUGUGUGGGAGGCCGAGGGAUGGUCAGUCUCAAGGAAAUUGCGAAUGGCACAUUUUAUAGUUAAAUUGACGAGCCUGCGGGCUCUGAGGGGUACAUGGGAUGUCUGUGCUAUUUUUGUGUGCUGUUGUUGCGUGUGACUGACAGAUAGUCUAUGAUAGGAGGGAAGUCCAUUUGGUCACAGACAAAGGACUUCCCUCCAUAUCAGACUCCGCCUUUUUAGUUGUGGUUUUGGGAGUGGUCGCUUGUAUGCAGGGUGACACUUAGUUCAAAGGUUUCCUGGAUAUUUUUGCCUGUACAGGUUCUGCUUGAAUGUUCUGUGCAUGCAACAUUGACUAGCUUUUGAUGGUCUUUGCACCUUGACUCACGGGAUGUAGGCGUCCAAGGCUCGCCACUUGUAACAUUUGCUUCGGUACUGUUUUGGUUAUAUAAUUUUUUUGCAGUCAUUUCAGUUCUACUUUGUUGCAUUUUUUGGGUAUGUGGCUAUAUCAUCUGUAUCCCCUUACACUUGCUCUACUACUUAGGUGAGUUUUGAAGCAUUCCAAUUAAGCAUAUAUUUGUUCCCUUAGUUUGCAUACCAAUAAAUUGUUUGACUGUGGGGCUCUGCUAGGAAUAUUUUACAUAAAGAUUUACAGAAACCAACUUCUGAGUCAAGAAAGAACCGUGCUGUUUUUCUUUAGGAAAGAUAGAAAGUCACCGAUCAUAAUAAUUUGGUAUAACUUUCAAAGCCAGUUGUCUGGCCUCUUGCAACUCCCUUACUUAUCUGCGUGACAAUGCUUGAAGCAUUCUUUCGCCCAUAUGCUUGUGCUAAAGAGUGUUUCUAGCGAAGCAAGUGCAGAUAUGGUCUGUUCAUAUUCAAUUCCUUUGCAGUCACGUGGUCUGCUCGAAAUGACACUUUUAUUGCAGCUGACUUUGGGCAGUGAAUUUUAUUAGCGUGCUGGUAAUGUUCAGCCAUGACCUCUAUCCCUGUGUGUGAGCAUGAUGUUGUUAGUGUGCUCAUCUAAGGAGUUGACUCCAGCACUAAUACUUGAGUUUAAGUUCAACUACUUAAAAGGGAUGCUGAACCGAAAGUUGGAGCUUGCAAAACAAGACUGGAGCGAUGGGCGGGACGCUGCAAAACCCAAAAACAUCACUCGUACAGCAAUAUCUCUAAUGGAUAGCUGUUUUUUUUUUGGAAAAGAAGUAUGCAAUUGCAUACGGCCGAUGAGCAUGUGACGUCACGAUUCUCAUCUCCCCUCCCAUUCGCUUCGUCCCAUCGAGCAGGUGUACCGAAGCGAGGCCAUUUCCCCUCAUUCUCAAUUGUUCCAGGAGGAUUGUGAUGUCCUAGUCCUCGCUUGAUUGUGCCCUUUUCCGAAAAUACGACCAUCCGUUUGAGGUGUCAAUGUAUGAGUGAUGUUCUGGAGUUCGUAGCGUCCUGUUCAACGCAGUUCUGUGGCCUUAUUUUGCAAAAUCCAAAUUUCGGUUCAGGAUCCCUUUAAACAAGCACAGGUUACUUUCGGAGUGGAGCUAUUAAAGCAGCCCAAAUUUUUAUUUUACUGAAUGCUGUUCGGAACGAAUUCUUGACGUUUGUGACCUAUGAAAGAGCAUGCGGUUUCCUUUCCACGCACAAGCAGUAGCCACUCCUCCGACUUGCAGCCAGAACAAGCGUUCAUGUGAUAACUAUGCGGUGGGGUGGGAAAUGCAUAGGGCACUUGCUGUGCUCUGACAUGGUUAAGUUUGGGUGUCACGCCAGCGAUUGGCCAGAAGCUCCUACCAAAACGUCCAGCGAGGCGUUGAUUGCGGCCAGGUGGAGUGCUCGUUCCAAGUUAUGAACUGCAUUUGUCUAUGUUGUCGCACUGGAGUAAUUAGUCUCCAUGACUGUUUGCGAGAAUUGUGAAGGUACAAGGAAAUCCUCUACUCUUGAAAUUGCACCAUAACAGAGAAGCUUCUGGCUGUAAUGGUGUGGGCAAGCACUUCUAUAAAAUGCAUAACAUUCAGACCGAAUAUCAUAUCUAUAACCGAUUGCAUUAUGUCCAUAUGAUAUGAAGGAAAUGCCAGUACCUAAUGCCUGUGCUGCCAGUGCUUAAAUUAUUGGGGACAUCUAACGGAUCAUGUUUUUGUGUAAUUAUAUGGCUAAUCGGAGCUGCUGUCACUUUGAAGUAUGUUUUGAGUUGCGCACCCAGAGUGGUAUCGGGCCUGAAAAACUGUUUGCUAAAACUUCCUAUUGGGAUUCAUUAAUGUGUUUUGAGCACUUUGUGCUGCCAAUAUUUUUGUAUACUACGUAGCACAACAUGGCCAAGACAAAUGAUUGUAAGCUUUC